AUGGCGUCCACGCCGCGCGCGCUCCGCCGCGCCGCCGCGACCGCGACCGCGUCGUCGUCGUCGUCGUCGUCGUCGACGCGUCUCCGUCACCACCGCCUCGUCCGCUCGUCGUCGUCGUCGACGCGCCGCCGUCGCCGCCGCCUCGUCGCCGUCGCGUCCUCCUCCUCCGCCUCCGACGCGUCGUUCGAGGAUGCGCUCCGCGCGGCGGCGAACCGCGCGAUCGACGCGCACGUGGAGAGCGGCGACCGCGUCGGGAUCGGCCACGGCGCGAUGACGUCGAUGGCGCUCGAUCGCAUCCACGAGAGGUUGAACGACGAGGUGCGUUCUAUCUGA